CAGUGUUCCUACGACUCUUUAACGUUUUCUUUCAGGUGAAAUGUCUAGUGGGAAGCGUCGGAAUCCAUUAGGUCUAAGUCUUCCACCGACUGUGAACGAAAACGAAAAGGAAGAUGGAAGUAAAGAGGAGGAAACGUCGGCUCAAGUCAGUCUUGAUGAGCAACUGAAACGUCUUGGCCUUACUGAACCACAAAAACAACGUAUGUGUGAAUGGAUACAAGUAAAGGAAGGGAUCAAGGAACAAGAAUUAUCCGAAGAUAUAUUGGAAAAUUCAGGAGAACUGGGUCAUGGGAAUGGUGGAGUCGUUCACAAAGUCGUCCAUAAGAAAAAUGGCGUCACAAUGGCGAGAAAACUCGUGCACCUGGAGGUGAAACCGUCGGUUCGACAGCAGAUUGUUAAAGAACUUGCGGUUCUGCAUAAGUGUAAUAGUCCAUACAUUGUUGGUUUCUAUGGUGCCUUUAUCGAUAACAAUGACAUUUCUAUCUGCAUGGAAUACAUGGAUGGGCUUUCCUUGGAUAUUGUCAUGAAGAAGGUAGGUCGUAUACCGGAGAAGUUUGUCGGGCGGAUAUCGGUAGCAGUAGUGCGAGGUUUAGCGUAUCUGAAGGAUGAAAUCAAAAUUUUGCAUAGAGAUGUAAAACCUUCUAAUAUGCUAGUAAACAGCAACGGAGAGAUCAAGCUCUGCGAUUUUGGUGUUUCUGGAAUGCUUAUCGAUAGUAUGGCAAAUUCAUUCGUAGGAACGAGGUCAUAUAUGGCGCCGGAACGAUUAACUGGUUCUCACUACUCAAUCCAGUCCGACAUCUGGUCUUUUGGUUUGUCGCUUGUGGAGCUUCUAAUAGGUCGAUAUCCAGUCCCAUCGCCAUCAAAACAUGAAUAUUCUGUUAUGUUUGGCAUCCCAGAAACGCAAAUACAGCUGGCCGAUGGCCGAGCAGAUGUCCCACCGUACCAGGCGUCGAAUAAUCCUGCAGCUAUGGCAAUAUUUGAAAUGCUUGAUUAUAUAGUUAACGAGCCACCGCCGACACUUCCAAAAGGGGUAUUUAGUGAUGAAGCAGUGAAUUUCGUCUCAAAAUGUCUAAAGAAACUGCCCGGAGAGCGUGCGAACCUCAAGUCGUUGUCAUCUGAUCCUUUCUUCAUGCGCUAUGCAGAUCACAAUGAGGUUUAUCAUGAUCUUCGAUAGAUCCGGAAAGCUGAUCCGUUCAUGGUUGUGCGUAGUGAUGAAAGAAUGAUUUUCCUUCCUUCCGAUUUAUUGAAGAGAAGCUGCGUGUUUUUCGAAUGCCCAAAUUCCGUGUCCCUCAAUGGCAAAAAGUAUGCUUUCACCUGAAUCAGUAGCUAAAAGUCACAGUUCUUUUACAUUUUUUCGUUAGUGAAAUUGUUUUAAAUUGAGACUUCGUGAUGUAUCUGCUAGUGAAUAGUAUAUGUCAACUAAUUCCUAGUCUUUAGUGAAAAUUUUUGUCAAUUAUAUAAACUUUGUGACACUUUUAUACAAGUGUUUGGGUAAAACAAGCUCUCAGUAUCAAAAUAAUUUGCUUUGUUCAAAAAAAUUUGAUUUGCAGUUUUAUCUAUCUUGUAUAGUGAUUUUUGCAUUGUGAUGUAACAUCCUUGUCAAUUUAUCUUUAUUAUGCAAAAUGACAGUUACUUGUCCUUUUUCGACUCGGUUGCGUUGGUUGUAGUCCUUCCUGCAAUAGCAUAAGAUCUUUUGUUGUAUAAUGUGAUUCUCGAUUUUUUUAUCUGCUGCUAGCAUGUGAAAUGAAUGUA